AUGCUUGCGUUUGGAGAUGUUGACCCUCCACGAGGAAAUGAUCGGGGGCUUUGUGAUGCGGAAGUUUAUAAUCAGGUUUGGUUACUACAGAGGUCUGUGGAGGAGGUUUUGGGGGAGUUGAUUCCUAGACCUUUUAAGGAAGCUUUACCUGCAGAAGAAGUUGUUAGGAAAUUAGAAAUAUUGGAAGGGGCGUUGAGAGAGCAAAUCGAAACGUCAGGGAGAGUAGAGCAGGUUUUGCAUUUACCGAGAGAUUUUACUACUUUGAUGAGGUUAACGGAUGGUGUGCAUGGCGCUGGGGUUCCUUCUGAAACUGAUCACCUGGAACUUGUAUUUCCUCUUGAGAGACAAGUUGUUGAGGAAGGGAUAUUGAAGCAGCUUAGGUAUUGGGCAAGGUAUCGAUGUGAGGGGAUUGUGAUUGCGGGGUGGAAGAUUGGGGGUGGGGUUCAGCAUCGGGGUAUUUAUUAUGUGUUGCUUUGCUGUCGAGCUGGUGGAGAUGGUGGUGGUGGAGAUGAUGGUGGUGGAGAUGAUGGGGAUUCAUUAUGCUGCAGCUGGAAGGUUUUCGAUCAUGUGGAUGUUGAGGUGGAUGUUUAUGAGGAUUUGGGGUGA